AUGAGUGAUUAAGAAGUUCAAAAUGAAGCCGCAACGCAGAGCUAGCCUUAAUAGAACUAAAAGAGACUCAUUCACCUAUCAAGUUUAGUGAAUCAUGUGAUUGGACAAAGCAAGGAUGAUCCUGGCGAUUUAGUAGAAUUUAGUGUGCAUGGGAAACUAUUGUCAUAUACAAGAAAGUCAUUGAAUUUAUUCGAUGCUGAGAACAAAAUUAGGUUAUGGGCAAUUUGGAUGAUUGAGUGGAUCUGGUUUGAUAGGUUCAUCAUCACCGUCAUCUUUUUGAAUUCGAUUUUAUUGGCAACAUAAGACUACAGCUGGAGAGAGACAGAUUCAGAAGCACCAAAUAGUUGGACAGACAGUUUCGAAUACAUAUUUACAGCAAUAUUCAUAAUAGAGUUCCUUUUGAAAAUGAUAGCCAUGGGGUUUUUACUAGACAAAUAAACGUACUUAAGAGAUGGGUGGAACUUUAUAGAUUUUAUUGUAGUAAUAACAGGAAUCAUAUCACUUUUCAUUUCUGCCAGAGUAUCAGCAAUUCGAAUCAUUAGAAUAAUGAGACCACUAAGAUCGAUAAACUCAUUGAAGCAGAUGAAAGUUCUAAUAAUAACAUUAUUGGAUUCUUUGCCUGCUUUGGGUAAUGUUGUUAUUUUUUUACUAUUUAUCAUAAUCCUUUUUGGAAUAUUAGGAUUGCAAAUAUUUAUGGGUGCAUUAGAAAACAGAUGUAGAAUGACAGAACAUCCUGUGGGAAAUGAAUGGGUAGCCUCAAACUACACGAAAUUAUGCUAGGAUUCCUCAAAUUGUCCUGAUGGAACAUAUUGUGGGAAUCCAAAUACUUAUAAUCUACCAUAGUAGGAAUCAGAUGAUGAAACCUUUAAUUAUGGCUAUACAAAUUUCAAUAAUAUUAUUUCAGCUACUUUCACUAUAUUUUAAGCUUUAACAACAGAAGGUUGGACCAAGUUAAUUUUUAUUUACUAAGAAGCAUUAUCAACAGCCAUAGUUUACAUUUAUUUCUUAUUGCUAAUUUUUUUGGGAUCCUUCUUUGUAGUUAAUUUAAUUUUGGCUGUCAUCAAUGAUAGUUUUAUGGCUGCUUAAAUGAGGUCGAGUAUUAAGAAUUCAUAGGCAUCAGCUUCAUCCCAACAAUAAGAGGAUAAUGAAGAGGAAGAGUUGGAAUAGAAUGCAGAAGAAGGAGAAGGAGAACAAUAAUAGGAUCCAAUUGCAUUGACCGGCAAUAUUGUAAAUGGAAAUUAGACGUAAAAUCAACAAUAAGAGCAUGAAUAAUAAAUAAACGAAGAAAUACCAUAAAAUUUGAAUGAAUUAAAUCAAAUUAAAAUUCCAGAUAAUUAAAACAAUGGUGAACAAUAAUUGUAAUAGUAAAUUUCCAAGAGCAACACUCUUGAACAAAUUUAAUAGUCACGCAGAUAAUCAAAGAAAAGAAGUUUCAAAUUAAAAUAAUCUAAGUUUAGGUAAUUUCAAUUAAUUUUAAUUGUCAUCAUAGAAAAUAAGUAUUUUUUGGCCUUUAUAACUUCCAUUAUCAUUUUAAAUACAAUUACUUUGUCUUUAGACAGAUAUCCUAUUACUAAAACUGAAAGUGAUAUUUUGGAUAUAGCAAACUAAGUAUUCACAGUAAUUUUCACAAUUGAAAUGACUUUGAAACUAAUAGCAUUCGAUACUAAUUAUUUAAAGGAUUCAAUGAAUAUCUUUGAUGCUGUAAUAGUCAUUCUAUCAUUGAUUGAAUGGAUACUUAGUAGUUUCUCAGCUAUCUAGGCAUUUAGAACAUUAAGAUUAUUUAGAUUAUUUAAAUUAGCACGUACAUGGAGCAGUUUUAGAAAAUUAUUAUCUGCUAUUGCAGCAACAGUAGGUGGCAUUGCUUAUUUUAUUAUUCUAUUAUUGUUAUUUAUGUCUGUUGCAGCUCUUUUGGGGAUGGAAUUAUUUGCAUACAAAACACCAUACAGAUACAACUUUAAUAAUUAUUUGUCUUCAAUGUUGGUAGUAUUUAUGUUGCUGACUAAUGAGUCUUGGAAUACGAUUGCCUAUACUUUUAUGUAUGACUUAGAAUCAAUAUAUCCAGUCAUUUAUUUUGUGGUAGUAAUUAUAUUUGGAAACUUCAUUCUAUUGAAGCUAUUCAUUGCUAUUUUGAUUAAUAAUUUUCAUGAGGCCAAUGUAGAAUAGAGUUAAUCUAUAGAAGAAAACAAUAAUCUUCAAUCAAGUAGACAUGAUUAAUCAAUGGCAGAAAAUCAUUAAAGUAUUAAAGUAAAUCAAGUGUCACCAGAGUAGGUGUAAUAAUCCUUUUAAGUGAUUAAAUCUGCAUCUAACCAAUAAACAAACAACAAUUCGGCUACAAGAUUUAAGAAUAUAUCAUCAUAAUUCAUGGCAUCGGCAAUAGUUUUUAAUAGCACCAUAAAUUAGUCUUAGCUGGAAGGAGUAUCCUUGUUUAUAUUUCCACCUUAAAAUAAAAUUAGAAUUAGAGUUAGCAAAUUAAUAAAUCAUAAGUAUUUUGAAUUCUUUAUUUUAACUAUUAUCAUAAUCUCAAGUAUUUUAUUGGCAUUGGAUGAUCCACUCUCGUCAUCUAAUAAUAUAACUUUGAAUGUAAUUGACGAAAUAAUUACAGCCUUGUUCAUUUGUGAAGCUGCACUAAAAAUAAUAAGCAAGGGAUUCAUAUUAAAUGGACCAGAUAGUUAUAUUAGAUCCCCAGGGAAUAUUUUAGAUCUUGUUGUUAUCAUUUUUUCAUCCUUAGCCUUUGAUGAAAGUCAAGCAUAAACAUUUUCAAAGAUCAAAAUUUUAAGAGUCAUUAGAGUACUAAGACCUCUGAGAUUGAUAGUUAGAAAUGAGGAUUUAAAAAUGUCUAUCAAUGCUUUAUUCAACAGUUUAUCUUAGAUGAUGAAUAUUGCUUUGGUUUGUCUGAUUUUCUUUUUAUUGUUUGGGAUAUUUGGAGUAACUUAAUUUAAAGGGGCUUAUUACCAUUGUGAUGUAGAGGAUGUAAAUGAUAAAUUAGAAUGUUUUGAUAAAGGGGGAUCUUGGUCAAAUAAAAAUUUCAAUUUCGAUAAUGUGUUGAAUGCCAUGAUUACUCUAUUUGUAAUAUCAACAACUGAAGGAUGGAUUAAUUUAAUGUCUGAUGGAAUUGAUAGCAGAGGCAUUGAUCUUAAUCCAUAGGAAAAUAAUGCAUAUGCAUGGGCAUUAUAUUUUGUAUUUUUUAUAAUUGUUGGUUCCUUUUUUAUAAUCAAUUUAUUUGCAGGAGUUAUAGUUGAAGCUUUUUAAAGUGAAAAAGACAGGUUAAGCUAGAUGAGGGAUUUAAGUAAAUAGGAAUUAGAAUGGUAUGAAAUACAACAAAAGAUUUAUUCAAGUGUUCCAAUCGAGAAAUUCAAAAUCUCAAAACACAAGACUGUUAGAUAACUCAAUGAUAUUAUAUCUUCUGAUAAAUUUGAGAUAUUUAUUUUGAGUGUUAUAAUUUUGAACACUUGCGUUAUGAUGAUCUAAUAUUUAAGAUCUCCCUAAGAAUUAACAGAUGCGAUUUAAAUUUUGAAUUGGAUAUUUUUGGCUAUUUUUUCAAUAGAGGCAAUACUGAAGUUAAUAGUUUAUAGAAAGUUUUAUUUCACAUCAGGUUGGAAUGUUUUCGAUUUCACAGUUGUGCUUCUCACAAUUCUAGGUGUAAUAUUGGAGUAGAGUAAUGUCUUGAGUAAUGUUGGUACAGCCACAUCUAUUUUAAGAACAUUCAGAAUUUUCAGAGUGUUAAGACUUAUAAAGAGUGCUAAGAAUUUAAGAAUUAUAUUUGGCACAUUCUUGGUAACCUUACCUGGAUUGGUGAGUGUUGGUGGUCUGUUAGGAAUAAUGUUAUUUAUAUUCGCUGUUGUUUUUAUGAAUUUAUUCCCCUAUGUAAAAAGAGGUGAAGGAGUUACAGGUAAUUCUAAUUUCAGUUCUUUUGGAGUUAGUUUAUUUACAUUAUUUAAAUGUUCGACUGGAGAAGAUUGGAAUUUAGUAAUGAUGGAUACGGCUAGAACUGCAUAGCCAAAUGAUAUUUGUUUUGAUUUUAAUGAUUAUGCUAAUUAUGCUGAAUAUGGCUUUAUGGGAUGUGGAAAUGUUGGGGGAAUAUUAUUAAUGAUUAUAUUUAUGAUCAUAGUUUCUUUGAUUAUGUUGAACUUAUUUGUUGCUAUCAUUAUAGAAGGAUUUUAAAAUACAAGCAAGGAGGAAAAUGCUCCUAUUAAAAAGCUAGAUGUAGAGAACUUUCAACAAUAGUGGAAGGAUUAUGACAAGAAUGCUACUGGUUUUAUGCAAUGUAAAUAUUUCACAUAAUUUAUGAUUGCAUUACCACAACCUUUAGGAUGGUCCAAAUUGAAAUAUUCAGCAGCCCAAUAGAGAAUUCGCAUGGCUUAAUUGAACUUACCUGUAUAUAAUUUGAAUGGCAAGAAUAUGUAUUUUUACCAUCAAGCACUAAUUUGUGCAGCUCAAGAUUUCUUAGAAUCAAGUGGAUUUAUAUCGAAUUUUGAAAUCUCCAAAGACAUUAUUAAGAUGAAACUUCAGCCAUUGAUUGAAAAAGCCUUUUCUCCUGUUUCUAAUUUAGAAACUGAAUUUGAUAGUGGUCAAUAUAUGGCUGCUGUUUUAAUUCAACAAAAUGCCAAGAGGAGUCUUCAAAAAUUAAAGAAAUCUAAAAGUUCUGUAGUUGUAGCCUAGUAUACUAAUGAUGACGAAGUCUAAUAAUUCGUUGCUUGA